AUGAAAGGUUAUCAAAUUCUUGGUCUUGCUCUUGCUGCUACUGCUGUUCACGCCCAAUGUGGUUGUACUAGCUCAUCGGAUCCUAGCUGCUGGACCGAAUGUGUUGAGCAAACCCAUAGCUGUUUAUCCACUUGCCAAGAUGGCAAUUGCUAUUCUGGAUGUAUCAGCAAGCAUUGGCCCAAUGGUCAAACAGCUGAUACUACUUCAGCGGCCUCUAACGCAGCAUCAGCUUCCGCUACAGCUUCAGCUGUGUCUGAAAGUGCAAGUGCAAGUGCUUCGGCAGCUGUUUCUUCUGCUGAAGUAUCAAGCAGUGGUAUCUCGUCAGCUGCUAGCGCGUCAGCUUCUUCAGCUGCAAGCAGCAUCUCCGCCUCUGUAUCGGCGUCAGCAUCCUCAAUUUUGCCAUCAUCAAGCGUUCUACCAAGCUCAUUCUCAUCUAUGCUCUUGCCAUCAAGCAGCAGCUUGUCGCCAUCCGCUUCCCAAACAGCUCCUGGUGCAAAUGCAGGCACCGUUUUGUCCGUUUCCAAGGAGGUGUUGGGUCUUGCUGUGGGUCUUGCAUUAUUUACUACAGGUCUCAUGCAGUAA